GGCCAUUAUGCUAUUAUGAAACAAACACAUCAAUCUCGACAAUCUGCAGAGAAUUGAUAUAUACGGCAUAGCAUAUCAUAUUCUUUGACAGUUGUAGUUUUUCUAUUAGACUAAGUGCGUGUUUAAUACAUUUAUAAUAAUUCAAUAAGUGUUCAAUUAAUAUAUCAUACAAAUUUAUGUGACGCAUAUAGUUUUAUUUGCCUGUACUCGGUCUACUUCUCAAACUGUAAUCUGAAGCUGGGAUACCUAUACGAUUCCAAAAACUACUUUGAAUGAAGACAAAACCAAGCAUUUCAAAAUCUUUUUUUGAAUUUUGUAAUCAACUUGAUCACAUGAUACAAUACCAUGCAGAUAUCUAUCACUCAAUUUUCAGUUCAAUACCUACCUACCGUCUAUAAAAUACUACAAAUCAAGGCAAGCUCAUAACUGACAUUUUUAUAUUUAAAUUGUAUGUAUUUUAUUGUAAUUCUGUAUGAUUUCUGUUAAUUUUUAACUGUGUAGAUAUUAACUAGAAAUACAUUUAAGAUUAAAAUAUUACUAACAUAAAAGCAUAUUAAAAAUAACAAGUGAAAAUAAAUUUAAAAUUAUUAUUUAAAUCCUAAACUAGGUAAAUAGCAUCAAUAUUACAACUGGAUAACUUCCCGACAAUUUUCUAGAAUUUUUGUAUUAUAAAAUAAUUUAGGCUUUAGCUGUUAUAAUCUAUAGUAGUGAAUAAGUUACCUAUAUACCUAGACAUGUUUCAGUUUAAAAUUAUUCUAUUAAUUACUUGUUUGGAAGUAUAUUGUGGUUUUGCUUAUCAAUGUCCUAAAUCUGUUCCAUAUUCAACAAUACCAAAAUUAUCAAGAGUUAGUUUACCUGUAUCAAAUGCACUCGCCCAUUUUAAAAUCGAAAACGAAUUUCUAAUAGAUUCUAAUGGUAGGACAAGAUAUGUUUGCGUAGAAAUUACGCCAGAAAUAUACGCAUUACGGAAUAAGACAAUAAAUAACGAUAAUGAUAUACAUGUCCAAACCGGAGAAGAUUAUAAAGAACACAUAAUACCGCAUUCCCUAGGGGGAUCAAAUCAUUCUCUAAAUGUAUUUUCGCUUAACCAAAAUUGUAAGUCGAAGCUACUUAACAGUAGUGUCGAGCAACAACUUGAUGAAUUACUUACUGAACACUCGCGAAUAACAUAUGUAGCUGAACUUGAAUACACAUAUAAUGUGACUGAUGUGCGGCCAACACGCAUAAACGUAAUGUAUAUGGAUGAAAAUGAAAAGAUUCUAGGAUCUGUGAGGAUGAUAAAUUCACCACCAAACACAACCUGUGAAACAAUAGAUCUAAAAAUGCACACAAAAAGUAAAAGGUCUUUUGAACUUUUUGCAAGUCCUACGAAUUCGACACAUCCUGCAGGGAAUUCGACACAUCCAGAAAGUUCUACAAAGCCUAUAAAUUGCAUGGCCGGAUGUAGGAGGACCGAGUGUUGGGCAAAAGUUGAAGAUCGUGAUAAGAAAUGCAGAUGUCAUUUUCAUUCAGUGCAUGCUAAUUCUCUUUGUAUCGGUGAGUGGUGUUAUUGCUGCUCUUACUAUUAAAAAAAAAAAAAAUGUAUGAUUCAUAUAAUAAUGGAUAUAUUUUUCGUAAGAGGUUUAAUGACCUUUAAUAAAGAUUACCACACAUUAUGUAUUAUUAUUAAGUAGGUAGUUAAAUAAAUAAUAACACUGAGUAAAUUAUACCAAUUAUUAUAAUCUAUUAUAU